GGCGCGGCGGGCCGGGCCGGCGGGCGGCGGACUAUGAGGCGCCCACCAUGGUGCGAUGCGACCGCGGGCUGCAGAUGCUGCUGACCACGGCCGGAGCCUUCGCAGCCUUCUCGCUCAUGGCCAUCGCCAUCGGCACCGACUACUGGCUCUACUCCAGCGCGCACAUCUGCAACGGCACCAACCUGACCAUGGACGACGGGCCCGCGCCCCGCCGCGCCCGCGGCGACCUCACCCACUCGGGGCUGUGGCGGGUGUGCUGCAUCGAAGGAAUCUAUAAAGGCCACUGCUUCCGGAUCAAUCACUUCCCAGAGGACAAUGAUUAUGACCACGACAGCUCCGAGUACCUCCUUCGUAUCGUGCGCGCCUCCAGCGUCUUCCCCAUCCUCAGCACCAUCCUGUUGCUGCUCGGCGGCCUCUGCAUCGGCGCCGGGAGGUUCUACAGCCGCAGGAACAACAUCGUCCUCAGCGCGGGCAUCCUCUUUGUGGCUGCAGGCCUCAGUAACAUCAUCGGCAUCAUCGUCUACAUUUCCAGCAACACGGGUGACCCCAGCGACAAGCGCGAUGAAGACAAGAAAAACCAUUACAACUACGGUUGGUCUUUUUACUUCGGAGCGCUGUCCUUCAUCGUGGCCGAGACCGUGGGUGUCCUGGCGGUAAACAUUUACAUUGAGAAAAAUAAAGAGUUGAGAUUUAAGACCAAACGGGAGUUCCUGAAGGCUCCCUCCUCGUCUCCCUACGCCAGGAUGCCGAGCUACAGGUACCGGCGACGACGCUCGCGGUCCAGCUCGAGGUCCACCGAGGCCUCUCCGUCGCGGGCAGCGUCUCCGGUGGGCCUGAAGAUCACCGGGGCCAUCCCCAUGGGCGAGCUGUCCAUGUACACGCUGUCCAGGGAGCCCCUGAAGGUGACCACCGCCGCCAGCUACAGCCCCGACCAGGAGGCCAGCUUCCUGCAGGUGCAUGACUUCUUCCAGCAGGACCUGAAGGAAGGCUUGCACGUCAGCAUGCUGAACCGGCGGACGACCCCCGUGUGAGCUGCCCCUUUCUCUUCGCACCGGCCUCUCCCCAGAACAGCCGUUUGGAUCCCACAGGAGGGCACCUGACCCUUAAGAUGGACCAGCCAUGGACUGAUGCCAAACCCAACCCCUCCCUGGGUCUCCAGAAAGUGGCAGGGGCUGGGCUGGCUUGGAGGGAAGCCCCGGGAGCCGGGAAUGGAAAGCAGAAGGCUGACUUUAUCUGCCCCCCAAAAAAGGUGUUGGAUGCCCCGGGAUUCUGAAAUCUCCUGAGGCUGCACGGCCUUGCUCAACCCGGGAAAACAAAAUUGAGCCAUUAUCUCCUCUUGGAAACAAAUCUUGCCAGAAGAAUGGGCUUUCGGGCCCCCCUCCCCGGCCGGGUGCGGGGCCGCUGGGAGGGCUUCCAGCAGGCGCACGGGAGCCUUGGACGCUGGUCAGCUGCUUCUGACCUGGGGUUUCCGUGUCCGUGAGCCGGGCAUCGAGGAAGCCGAAACUUGCCCCCUUCCUGUCCAUCUCUCUCUCUCUCUCUCUCUCUCUCUCUCUCUCUGUCUCUGUCUGACAGUGGCCAGUUGUUGAAACAACAGCGAUCCUGAGGAGAAAGCCCUGUGGCCAACUGGUGCUUUGGCCUUUGUGCUGUUCUGGGCCCAGCUUCCCUCAACCCGAGGAGACCGAGGCCUGUGGAACAAUCCGCAGAGGCGGGGAGGCCUUGGCUGGCCUGGGUGUGAGGCCAAGGCCAGAGUCUGUUGCCGGCAUUCCCACCCGCUUUGAGAAGUUUCUGCCUCCCACUGAAAGGGCGGAACAUGCUGACGGUAUCUGAGAGUCUGGAAGAUUCCACGGGUCCGAGGAUGGGUGGCCAUAUGGCCUCUUGCUGUGCCCCUCCCCACCGAGCCGAGGAGCAGCUCGGUCCCUCCUCGGGGAGAGGAAAGGCCAGACCCCCCCCCCACCCCCACUGGUGUUUGGCAACAGGAGCCCGAACUUCUGUACAAGAAAGGAAGACCCGAGGGUGAACAGCGACCAAAAACUCCGAACAAACAUCCAUUUCCCAAGUGGUCAUGAAUCAUGGUUUAUUGCCAGUGAAGGCCAGGAGAGCAAGUGACGGUCAUUUCUUCGCCCUAAAAGAGGCAGCAGCAGCCCCCCUCCCCGACUCCUAGGAUCGUGAUCUGUCUUGCCACCACCCGACGACCAAGGGCUCAGCCGGGGGAGUUGGGACGAGGUGGCCGAGGUGGCCGAGGUGGCCGAGGUGGCCGUGCUCUGCUUCCCCGCCUCCUGGGCCUGAGAGGGACAUCUCCGCGCUGGGGAUCCUGGGGGCGGUUCCACGGCUGCGGGGCGCAACCAUCUCCCCCUCCCUGCACCCUCCCCAAGCAAGCGGAGAACGUGGAAGCCUGUGUGGGUUCCCAAGAAAACCUUUCCAGAACCGGGAGCUCCCCUUCUUUUAUAUAAAAACACGUGCUUUCUAAAGACAACUCCUUUCUUACUUUUUGAGACUUGGUAAUCCCAUCUCGAGCGGUCGUCAGGGGUCCCGGUAGCUGUCAUACUUAGAUGUGACAAGCACAUUCUUACCUCAGCCACCUGCUCAGCGACCCCCUGGGGCGGACCCCACCCCUAGGAGUUCAGAUCUGGGUCACGGUCAUCGCCAUCCUCCUCCACACCCCUGCCCCCAAGAGGAGAUCUCCGCGGGGACCCCCCCCCCGACCCGACAGCCCCGGAGCACGGGCCAGCUGAGGCGCGGUGUGCUGGGGCCCCUCUGUGCUUGCUCGAAACCCCGUCCUGCCGUCGAGGUUGGCUUCGUGUGGUGGUUGGUCCAAGCAUGUGCCGCAGUGAAUGCUGGAUGUCAGGGCUCGUGGCCUGCGCCACCGCGGGCCACCCCGGCCCGUCCUGCCCCCGCCGCAGCCACACCCCCCCACCCCAUCCAUGACACUGUCUCACCAGGCUCGAAGGAAGGGGGCAAGAUCUGGGAACCCAUCGCCCAGCGAGGUCCCCAGGCUCUUCUGUCCCUUCCCGAAGCGACGCAGCCGAGCCCUUUCUUCCACGUCGGUCACCCGCCCGCACCUGCUGCCCUGGACGUCGUCGGAGAAAGCCGUGUUCUAGUGAUUCCUACCUCUUGCCCAGUCCCAGGCAGAGAAUGUGGGGCCCGCUCUAGGGACCAAGAAAGAGCAGAAAGAAGCAACAAAGGACAGAAGAGCAAGGAGCAGAACCACCUCAGCGCCCCUGGUCUUCGUAGCUUUGCUCCCCCGGCUCCUGGCCGCUCACUCGGCCCUGGUCCCCCCCGCACCCCUCCACCC